GAUCCCCAAAUCCACCGAUCCACCGAUCAAUCACGUUGGGCCCCACAGUCAGGGAUCCCACCACCUGAUCUACGGAACCCGCGCCCACAUGGAACGGUUCUGAUGAUUGGACCACCCAACAUGUGGGCUCCAGUGGCGACGACCCAACCUGAAACCUGAAUCCUGAGUCGUGUCGGAGGCGAAACGAACACAUUCCAUUCGUCUCUCAAACACCUCUACCCGGCCGUCUGACGCUUGACCCUCGACCCUCCGACCACGGCUUCGAAAAUCCCGCUCACAGAAUCAGAACAACAGUUAAAAAAAACAAAAAAAAAAAAAGAAAAGAAAAGAAAAAAAGAAUAAGGAGAAAGAGAGAGUACCGUAAAUGGUACGUCUCGGCGAACUUUGUUAUUUCCUUCUCUUUCUAACCGGUCUUCUCCUCCUCCCAUUUCCUCCUUUCCCUCUCUCCAUCUCUGCAAAAGCAACAACAGCAGAAGCCAUGAAAGCUCCAGUAGCGAAGAAGGUGAAGCACGCGAUGGAGAUGUUUGGUGACGUUAGGAACGACGAUUAUUACUGGCUUCGAGACGAUUCACGCUCCGAUCCGGAAGUCCUUUCCUACUUGAAAGAGGAGAAUGCGUAUACAGAUUUCGUUAUGGCAGGGACCAAAACAUUUGAGAAUGAGCUUUAUGUGGAGCUAAGAGGAAGAAUCAAGGAAGAUGAUAUUUCUGCGCCUGUCCGCAAAGGGUCGUAUUACUACUAUGAAAGGACUUUGGAGGGGAAGGAGUAUGUUCAACACUGUAGGCGCCUUAUCCCCAAUGGCAGUGCUCCCCUUUCUGUUUAUGACGUUAUGCCAAUGGGACCUGGUGCACCCCAAGAGCAUGUUAUCUUGGACGAGAAUAUUAAGGCUCAAGAGCAUGGGUAUUAUAGUAUUGGGGCUUUCGAAGUGAGUCCAAAUAAUAAGCUGGUCGCAUACGCAGAAGACAUUAAAGGAGAUGAGAUUUAUACUGUUAAUGUCAUUGAUGCUGAGACUCGAACUCCUGUUGGGACGCCUCUAAAGAGUGUAACGUCAUACCUCGAGUGGGCCGGUGAUGAGACUCUAGUUUACAUUACAAUGGAUGAGACACUUCGGCCAGACAAGGUGUGGUUGCACAAGUUGGGAUCUGAUCAAUCAAGUGAUCAUUGCCUCUAUCAUGAGAAAGAUGACAUGUUCUCUCUUGAUCUUCAAGCGUCCGAAAGCAAGAAAUAUUUGUUUGUUGGAUCUGAAAGUAAAAAUACUCGGUUUGUUUUUUACUUAGACGUUUCUAAGCCAGAAGAUGGGCUUAUGAUGUUGACUCCUCGUGUCCAUGGUAUUGACACAUCAGUUAGUCACCGCGGAAACCAUUUCUUUAUAAAGAAAAGAAGCGAUGAGUUCUUUAACUCAGAAUUACUUGCUUGUCCACUGGACAACCUAUCUGCCACAACAGUUCUGCUUCCUCACAGGGAAAGUGUGAAAAUACAGGACAUGCAACUUUUUAGUGAUCAUCUUGUUGUAUACGAGCGUGAAGAUGGUCUACCUAAAGUAACUAUUUAUAGCCUUCCACCCGUUGGGGAAGUGAUUGAAAGCCUUCAGGGUGGUCGAGCUGUUGAUUUUAUCGAUCCUAUAUACUCAGUGAACCCUGGAGAAGCAGAAUUUUCAUCAAGUGUUUUACGUUUUUCUUAUAGCUCACUGAAGACUCCUCGUUCUGUAUAUGACUAUGACAUGAACACAGGCAUUUCUGUUUUAAAGAAAAUUGAGGCGGUAUUGGGUGGUUUUGAUGCAUCGAGAUAUGCGACGGAAAGGCAAUGGGCUGUUGCUUCUGAUGGCACUCAAGUACCUAUUUCAAUCGUUUAUCGAAAGGAUCUUGUGAAACUGGAUGGAUCUGACCCUUUACUACUUUAUGGCUAUGGUUCAUAUGAGGUAUGCAUAGAUCCCAGUUUCAGCAAAACAACGUUGUCUUUAAUAGACCGUGGCUUUAUUUAUGCAAUUGCUCAUGUUCGUGGAGGAGGUGAAAUGGGGAGGAAGUGGUAUGAAAAUGGGAAGUUGUUAAAGAAAAGGAACACCUUUACAGAUUUUAUUGCGUGUGCAGAGUAUUUAAUAGAGAACAAGUAUUGUUCAAAAGAAAAGCUAUGCAUUGAGGGAAGGAGUGCGGGUGGUCUGCUUAUUGGUGCUGUUCUUAACAUGCGGCCAGAUUUGUUCAAGGCAGCAGUGGCUGGAGUUCCAUUUGUAGAUGUAGUCACUACGAUGCUUGAUCCAAGUAUCCCGUUGACAACUUCAGAAUGGGAGGAAUGGGGCGACCCUCGAAAGGAGGAGUUCUAUUUCUAUAUGAAAUCCUAUUCUCCUGUCGAUAAUAUUAAACCGCAAAAUUAUCAGAAUAUUCUGGUUACAGCUGGUUUAAAUGACCCCCGUGUUUUAUAUUCUGAACCUGCAAAGUUCGUGGCGAAGUUGAGGGAGAUGAAGACUGAUGACAACAUCUUGUUGUUUAAGUGCGAACUUGGUGCUGGGCACUUCUCAAAGUCAGGGAGGUUUGAUGCAGAUUUGAGAAGCUACAGGAAGAUGCCUUCACAUAUGCUUUUGUGCUGAAGGCGUUGGACAUGGUCCCGGCUGCCGGGCGGCUCUGAGUAGGACCAGCAGGUAAGGAGUCCUCUCAGAAUGUGGGUCGAUGCAACUACCUGGCAGCUGACUCAUGUCUUCGCAAUUGAUAUUAGACAAGAAUACUGUUUGUUUGCUUUAUCCUUCUUUGGCAGAUGGACCAAAAUUGAAAACAGGACCUCCUUGUUAUCUUGGAUAAGUGUCAAAUUGAUUCAAGGGGUUCAAGACCAUAAUAAUAUUUAUCGAUUUAUCCA